AUGGAGCUCGCAACGGAGCUCGACUAUCUGCUGCUGCUCGCCGUCGCCGACGACUUUAUCGGCCUCAUCAUCAUCGCGCUCGCCUACCCCGACCCGCUCCACCCGACGCAGUGGUCGUGGGCCACAGGCCUGUUCGGCGUGUUCGCCGUCUGCCUCUUUCUGCGCGUCUGCAUGCGCAAGGUCGCGUGCGUGCAAAAGUGGUACGUCUACGUGGCGCUCGGCGGCGUCUUCUCGUGGAUCGUCCUCCUCAACGCGCGGCUACACCCCGCCCUCGCCCUCGCCUUUGUCGUCCCCUUCAUGCCUGCCGAUGGCCACCACGCCGCGCUGCACGCCUUUGAGCACGCCAUCAAGGCGCCCGUCGACCUCGGCAUGUUCUUCUUCACGCUCGCCAACGCGGGCAUCGACCUCAAGGGCGGCGUCGGCGGCCUGACCUUCUCGGUGCUGCUCGCGCUCGCGCUCGGCAAGGUGCUCGGCAUCGCGGGCUUCGCCUACCUCGCGCACCGCUUCGGCGUCGCGCGGCUUCCCGGCUCGAUGCGCGUGACGGAUCUGCUGAUGGUUGGCAUCAUCGCGGCCGUCGGCCUCACGGUGGCGCUCUUCAUCUCGGGCGAGGCCUUCACAGACGAGGCGCUCGCGGGCGAGGCCAAGAUGGGCUCGCUCCUCUCAAUCUGCAUGGGUGCCGUCGCUCUCGCGCUGGGCCAGCUGCCGCACUACAAAAACCUGGCCGCCUGCCCGCCCCCAAGGAAGGGCCUCGCCUUCUCCGACAGCAGCAUGGAGGAGUACGACGAAGACGACCUGAUCAACGCGGUCACCUCGUCUCUGCAGCGCUCGAUGCUGCACCGCAAGGCCUUCCUCGCUGGCGACCGCUACUUUGCCGACACUCGGCAGCAGAAGCUAAAGUCAAAGAUCCCAGAGCUGCUGCCGGACAUCACGCUGGAGCCAGUCAAAGAGGCUGGCGAGGCUGGCGAGGGGGCCGCGAGCGGCGACCACGGCAAGUCCGACGCCAGCAGCAGCACCGAUGAGCUCCGUCUGUGA